AUAUUGCAUUCAUAAUGUGAAAAUAUUUAUUAUAAUAUAUUUAUGAAUGCAAAUUAAUCUGACAAUAAUGUAAUCGUUCUAAAUAUUAGUUUUCAUUUUUUUUACAGUCUUCUGAUGCCUGUCUGUGUCCUAAUGCCAUCUGUCUUCUGAUGCCCGUCUGAUGUCCGUCUUUCUUAUGUUGCCCGUCUGAUGCCUGUCUUUUUUCUAAUGCCAUCUGUCUUUUGCCUAUCUGAUGCCCGUCUGUCUAAUGAUGCCCGUCUGAUGCCCAUCUUGUGUCCGUCUGUCUUAUGUUGCCCGUCUGAUGUCCGGCUGUCUUAUGAUGACCGUCUGAUGUCCCGCUGUCUUCUGAUGUCCGUCUGAUGUCCAUCUGUCUCAUGAUGCCCGUCUGAUGUCCGUCUGUCUUAUGAUGCCUGUCUGAUGUCCGUCUGUCUUCUGAUGCCCGUCUGAUGUCCGUCUGUCUUCUGAUGCCCGUCUGAUGUCCGUCUAUCUUCUAAUGCCCAUCUGAUGCCCGUCUGAUGUCCGUCUGUCUUAUGAUGCCCAUCUGAUGUCCAUCUAUCUUCUAAUGCCCAUCUGAUCUCCGUCUAUCUUCUAAUGCCUGUCUGAUGCCCAUCUGAUGUCCGUCUGUCUUCUGAUGCCCGUCUUAUGUCCCUCUGUCUUCUGAUUCCCGUCUGAUGUUCGUCUAUCUUAUGAUGCCCAUCUGAUGUCCGUCUAUCUUCUAAUGCCCAUCUGAUGCCCGUCUGAUGUCCGUCUUCUUCUGAUGCCCGUCUGAUGUCCGUCUGUCUUAUGAUGCCCGUCUGAUGUCUGUCUAUCUUCUAAUGCCCGUCUGAUGUCCAUCUAUCUUAUGAUGCCCGUCUGAUGUCCAUCUAUCUUAUGAUGCCCGUCUGAUGUCCUUCUAUCUUCUGAUGCCCGUCUGAUGUCCGUCUGUCUUCUGAUACCCGUCUGAUGUCCAUCUGUCUUCUGAUGCCCAUCUGAUGUCCGUCUGUCUUCUGAUGCCCGUCUGAUGUCCGUCUGUCUUCUGAUAGAUUUGUUGUCCAUCUGUCUUCUGAUGCCUGUCUGUCUUCUUGUGCCAGUCUGUUUUAUGAUGCCCGUCUGUCUGUCUGUCUUCUAGUGCCCGUCUCUCCUGAAACUAAAAAAGUAAUGUUUGAUUACUCAAUAUCUACUUAAACGAAUGAAAAUCAGAUGUUACUUUCAAAUUGUGGUUCAACAGAAGCAUUCAAAUAGGCCAAAUAAUGAAACUGGCCUGGACUAAAUUCAAUCCAACAUUGUUUUUGUGUUCCCAUACCCGUCUGAUGCUGCGGCUGCACGAGCCAAUCUGAUUGCAGACUCUGGAAUCCUGCAGCAUGAAGUCUCCUCCUAAUUGGCCAGCAGGACCUGAGUUCAGCCUGAGGAUGAGCAGAAACAGACACUCGCUGCAGGAGCCCGACAUCAAAGACUACCUGGUGAAGGGAGACCGCUUCACAAAAUGGAAAGAAGACUCCAAGAAAACCACACCAGUCACCAUGAAGAUGGACCCCAAAGGAUUUUACCUGUACUGGGUCAAUCAGAGCAAGGAAACCGAGUUUUUGGACGUGGCCACCAUCAGGGACACCCGGGCAGGGAAAUAUGCCAAAAUGCCCAAACAUCCCAAAGUUCGUAAUAUCUUCAACAUGGAUUUCCCCGACAGUCAUCAUCUGGCCAAAACGCUGACCAUCGUGACAGGUCCCGACACAGUCAACCUCACGUAUCACAACUUCUUCGCUGCUAAAGAAGUGGCCCAGUAUUUUUAAGAUGUUUCCUGCAGACAAGAAGCGAGUGGAUGCUGCUCUGGCCGCCGCCAAUCUCCCGAGAGGAAAGUUUGACACCAUUAAGACUGAUGUCUUCACUGAAGCAGCGUUCAAGACCUUCAUAAUGAAUCUCUGUCCCAGACCUGAAAUCAACGAUAUCUUUACGUCCUUCACCAAGGGAAAGGGUUUCAUGACGAAGGAGAUGUUUGCAAAGUUCCUGAACGAGAAGCAGCGAGACUCUCGCCUGAACGAGGAGCUGUUUCCACCCAUGAGGCCCGAACAGGUGAAGAGUCUCAUCGAGAAAUACGAGCCGAGCUCCUCCAACGCCAGCCGCAGUGAGUGUGCACGCAAACACCAUUCAGACACAAUAUACAGACUAACCAUUGAUCAAUAUGAGUCUUUCAGUGAGGUAUUUCUCCUGCAGGACGUGAUUGAAGCCAUUGCUGAAAGCGCAUUCAAAACCUCCAAGUAUCCGGUUGUGCUUUCCUUCGAGAACCACGUGGAUUCAGUGAAACAGCAGGAGAAGAUGGCCAAUUAUUGCAGGACCAUCUUUGGAGACGCUCUGCUUAUCGACCUGCUGGACAAAUACCCUCUGAAACCGGGUCAGCCGAUCCCGAGUCCAUCUGAGCUGAUGGGGAAAAUACUGAUCAAGAAUAAGAAGAGCAGCGCAGCUCCCAGUAAAGCAGAGCCCAGCAAGAAACCAGCAGCUCAAGAGCAAACCAGUGAUCCUGCGGAGGGAUCUGAAGCUACCCAAUCCACCGAUGCAACCCAACCCACUCCAAACAACCCAGAAGGCACUGAUCCACCUGCAGCAACUGGCGAGGAUCGUGAAGAGCAUGACGAUCAUGAUGAACAGGAUGAAGAGAAGAUGAAGAACUCUGAUGAGGGAACGGCUGGACAGGAAGUGACAGCGUAUGAGGAGAUGUCUGCUCUCGUCAACUACGUUCAGCCCAACAAAUUCAUCUCAUUUGAGAACGCAGCCAAGAAAAACAGGUGUUUUGUCAUCUCUUCUUUUGUGGAGACGAAAGGAGAGAGUCUGAUCGCGAAGAAUGCCGUGGACUGGGUGGAGUAUAAUAAGAGGCAGCUGAGCCGUAUUUACCCUAAAGGAACCCGAGUGGACUCUUCAAACUACAGUCCACAGCCCUUCUGGAGUGCUGGGUGCCAGUUUGUGGCCCUCAACUACCAGACUAUGGAUUUCCCCAUGCAGCUGAACAUGGCUCUAUUCGAGUUCAAUGGGAGAACCGGUUACCUCCUCAAACAUGACGUUAUGCGGCGCAGUGACAAAAAGUUUGAUCCGUUCUGUGACAGGAUUGACACCAUCAUCGCCAGCACGCUCACUAUUAAGAUUUACUCAGGUCAGUUUCUGUCAGAUAAGGCUGUGAAAACCGGAGUGGAAGUGGAGCUCAUCGGUUUGCCCAAAGACCCCAAACGCAAAUAUCGCACGAAGAUGAGCAGCACAGCUAACGGCAUCAACCCGGACUGGAACGAGGAGCCGUUCAUCUUCGAGAAGGUCUUGCUGCCAGAGAUGGCCUAUCUCAGACUGGUGGUCCAGGAAGAAGGAGGAAAGUUCAUUGGUCACCGCAUCAUCCCUCUGGAUGCUCUUCAAACCGGUUUCCAGCACAUUGGUUUGCGCAGUGAGAGUAACAUGCCGCUAAUGCUGCCGUCUUUGUUUGUGCAUAUCGAGAUGAAGGACUACGUCCCCGCUGCCUUCGCUGAUUUCUCUGAUGCUCUUUUCAAUCCAGUGAAAACUUCAAAGCCACCGAAGACAGAGAGUUUGACAUACGUGUGUGAAUAUGAGUUACCUCUAGCUGAUGGAGUUCAGAAGGCUGCCACUGCUGCACCUGCUGCAGAACCGAAAGAAGCUGAAUCUGCAGAGACUCCAGCAGAGGGCGGCGCUGCUCCUCCGGCUGAGCAAAACACCACUGAAACAAAACCAGAGGAGAAACCAGAGCCUGAAGCAAAGCCAGAACCAGAGCCUGAAGCAAAACCAGAACCAGAGUCUGAAGCAAAACCAGAGCCAGAACCUGAGCCAAAGCCAGAGGAGAAAACUGAACCAGAGCCAGAUCCCAAACCAGAGGAAAAAGUAAAAGCAGAACCAACACCUGAAGAAACCCCUGAAGCUGUUGUUGAUGCUGCUGUAACUGAGACUAAAGAAUCCAGUGAGGAAACCCCUGCUGAUCCGUCAGACCCCAUCACUGUGAGCUGUGAAGAGCUGCAGCAGCACAAGAACUUCCUGAAGGUCACCAAGAAGCAGGAGAAAGACCUGAAAGACAUGGAGAAGAAGUUCCAGAAGAGACGAGAAGACCUCAUUCAGAAAUACAGCGACCAGUUCAAAGCCCUCAAGAAGAAGAACAGCACCAAGAAAAAUGGAGCUGAAGGAUCAGAUCCAGCAGACCAGAUGAAUGAACUGAAGCAGAAGCUGAAGUCAGAGCUCAGAGCAGUGUUGGUGGAGCAACACGAUCAGCUCAAGAAGAAGAAAGAACAACACAACACCGAGCGCUUGACCAAACUGCUGGAGACGGCCACUGAGAAACACUGCAGCGAGAUGAAGGCGCUCAACAGUGAGCCCAAAAAGAAGGACAAAAUGAAGAAGUGCAAGAGUACGGAGCAGCUGGACAAUGACAGCACUCAGGCCUCAGAGAGCAGCAGUGCUGAAGGUUCUCCUCAGGAACAGACUCUGAAGAAGAAACAGGCCGCAACACUCGCCAAAAUCAGAGAACUCAUCAGCCAGCUGAAUAAAGAAGCAGUGUCUGAACAUGCAAAGAAGAUGUGGUCUCUCCCCGGAGAUCUGUCUGAAGCUGUAAACUCCUGCGUUAAACCACACUUUCCAGAACACGUGGAGAAAAAUGGAGAAAACCGCUCUGAGAACAGCGGACAGUACAGCCAGGUCUUCGUUGGAUGAGUGUGUGUGUGUGUGUGUGUGUGUGUGUGUGUGUGUGUGUGUGAACAGCAGUUUAAAUAAGCAUCAUUCAUAUUUAGGCAAUGUUUAGAUUACACAGUCCUCAAUAAGUACGGCAUCAUAAAUCAUGUUCUGUUGACAUACACUUUAGUAAAUGAUGAUAAUAGUGUAUAAAAAUCAUCCAGCAUUUUAUAUUUCACUCCAAAAUAAUAAGGAAAAAAUACAUUUUGGUAAAAAAAGAUGUAAACCUGCUCUAGUUAAAGUAUAAGCUAUUUUCAGUCAUGAAAAAAACAACAAUCUGCAAGAAAAAUGCUUUUUAAUGCUAUUGUUAUUAUUUUAAAUCUGGAAGAAAUGUUAUAAGACCAUCAUAGACUAAAACAUAUAUUACCAUUUUACUAAAAGAGCCCCUAUUCUGCAUUCUAAGGCCCCGUUUACACUGAGUUUUGCUAUAGUUGUGCCAAUCGUCCACACUAUGCCGUAGUUUUCAAGCGUCGAAAACUGAGUGUUUUGAAAA